GCACACCGGAGCCGCACCGGAAGCCUGUGCGGGGUCCACCGAGCCGUGGGGGCCGUAGCACAUCCGGCCGUGCACACGACCUAGCACGCACCAAAACCAGCUCCCCCGUCGCCCGUCCCGUUCCCAACCGAACUCCUCGUCCUCACGCCCUGUCUGCUCUCCCCACCCCAUCGCCACCCAGCAACUCCUCCGCCUCCGGCGACCCCUCCUCCAGCACCUCCUUCCCUCGUGGCCGCUGCCUGCAUCCGGCGUCCCUCACGGCGACGACGCACGACCGUUCCGCUCCCCGGUGAAACAGAGUAGCGGAGAGGCGGAGACAUGAGUGGGGGAGUAGAGCCGGAGACCCCGCCGGGUAGCAGCGGCGGCGGCAGUACGCCGGUGGGCGGCAAGCCGCCGCGGCACCACCUGACGUCCAUCCGCCACUGCGCCAGCAGCGCUCGCAUCGCCACGGCCUCCGCUGAAUUUGACCUGGAUUCAGGGACACUGAGCUUGAUCUCACCCACGGACAUCCGGCCAGGUUUCCUGCCUGUGUUUCGGUCAGGGAGCUGCACGGAUAUCGGGCCCAAAUCGUACAUGGAGGACGAACAUGUCUGUGUCGACAACCUCAUCGAGCACCUCGGAGUGCGUGCCCCAGGCAUCCCUGCACCGGGUGCCUUCUAUGGGGUUUUUGAUGGCCAUGGUGGUACAGAUGCUGCCUGUUUUGUCCGGAAGAAUAUACUGAAGUUCAUAACUGAAGAUUGCCACUUUCCCAGCAGCAUGGAGAAGGCAAUCAAAAGUGCGUUCGUAAAGGCCGAUCAUGCAAUUGCGGAUUCCCAUUCUCUUGACCGUAAUUCUGGGACCACGGCGUUGACAGUCCUUAUAUUUGGCAGGACAUUGCUUGUUGCGAAUGCCGGUGACUGUCGAGCGGUAUUAGGAAAGAGAGGCCGAGCUGUUGAACUCUCUAGAGACCACAAACCCAGCUGCACGGUUGAAAGGCUCAGAAUUGAAAACCUUGGUGGUACUGUCUUCGAUGGCUAUCUCAAUGGACUCAAUGGGCAGCUGUCUGUAGCAAGGGCAAUUGGUGACUGGCACAUGAAAGGUUCCAAAGGCUCUAUAUGCCCUCUUACCCCAGAACCUGAAUUUCAGGACGUUAGACUUACAGAGGAAGAUGAGUUCUUGAUAUUAGGCUGUGAUGGCCUUUGGGAUGUGAUGAGCAGCCAGUGUGCCGUGUCAAUGGUAAGGAAAAAGCUGAUGGAACACAAUGAUCCGCAAAGAUGCUCGCGCGAGCUUGUCCAAGAAGCGCUCAGACGGGACUGUUGUGAUAACCUGACUGCAGUUGUCAUAUGCUUCUCAGCAGAUCCACCCCCUCAGAUCGAGGUGCCAAGGUUCUGGGUACGAAGAAGCAUUUCAAUGGAGGGUUUGCAUAUGCUAAAGGCAGCUCUCGAUAGAAAUGUCUGAGCUCUCAAAAGUAUCCACCCCCCCCCCCCGGGGUAACUUUUGUUGUAUGAUGAAUCUUCUCUUCUUUGUUUUCGGUCUGUUAAAGUUUUGCUCCGCUCAUUGAGGUUUGAGCUAUAGGUCUCGGAAUAAGUUUUUGUAGAAUUAUUUUGAAAUUUUGUCGAAGUGUAGGCUAAUCGUUUUGUUGAGGCGAUGAUUUAUUUGUACCGGCUGCCAUUUGAUUGUUGAUUGCUCACAAUGUGAUCGAGCAACCAACCAACAUUCUUGUUCAGGUACAAAUGAGAGUUAUAACAGCUGAUCAGUUUUGCUCUGC